CAGUGAGGAAGAAGAAGCUGCUCAGUUUCCCGGACAGACGCAGUGUUAGGGAAACGUGGCCUUAUGAGAGCCGGAAAGCAGCAGUUUCUGGAUGAGAAUCGUGUUAUCGUGUUAUUUACUCCACUCUCCGUCCUUCUCUCCCUCUCUUCUUCAGCUCCGGGUUUGUUUUCCUCUCGGUUCUGAUCCUCUAUCGCGAUGGCUGAUGUGGAGCAGGGUUCCGCUUUGCCGCUGGACGGCCUGAACAGCACCGAGAACGGAACCGACACUGGGAACGGAACCGCGGGCCGCUUCGUAGCUACAGCCGAGGGAACAGCGCUGGCGUACGGCAGUCUGGUGCUCAUGGCCCUGCUGCCCAUCUUCUUCGGAGCUCUGAGAUCCGUCAGCAGCUCCAAGAGCAAGAACGCCUCAGAGAUGCCUGAGACCAUCACUAGCAGAGACGCUGCUCGUUUCCCCAUCAUCGCCAGCUGCACACUGUUCGGACUCUAUCUCUUCUUCAAGUAUGCAGAUGACCUGCAACUCUAUCUCUCACUUGCACCAGAUGACUACAAGUCGAUUAGCACGCUUGUAAACUGCGUAGAGAGCAUAAACUUGUGGAUGGCACAGAUCUUUCUGCAGCUAAAUAAAGACAAGACAGAGAUUUUCUCCCAGGAGUACAUCAACUUACUGUUAUCCAUGUACUUCUUCGUACUGGGGAUUUUAGCUCUGUCGCACACACUGAGUCCCUUCAUGAGCAGGUUUCUUCCCGCUAAUCUGCCGAGUAAACAGUUCCAGCUGCUCUUCACUCAGGGUUCAGGAGAGAACAGAGAAGAAAUCGUGAACUACGAAUUUGACACUAAGGAUCUGAUUAGUUUGGGAAUCAGCAGCGUGGUGGGAGUGUGGUACAUCCUGAAAAAGCACUGGGUGGCCAAUAAUCUAUUUGGAUUGGCGUUUGCGCUGAACGGAGUGGAGCUACUUCACCUGAAUAACGUCAGUACCGGCUGCAUCCUGCUGGGGGGGCUGUUCAUCUACGACAUCUUCUGGGUUUUCGGCACUAACGUGAUGGUGACGGUGGCCAAGUCGUUCGAAGCUCCGAUCAAACUGGUUUUCCCUCAGGACCUGCUGGAGAAAGGACUGAAUGCCAGUAACUUUGCCAUGCUGGGACUCGGAGACAUCGUUAUUCCAGGUAUCUUCAUCGCUCUGCUUCUGCGUUUUGAUGUCAGUUUGAAGAAGAACACACGCACGUAUUUCUACACCAGCUUCCUGGCCUACAUCUUUGGCCUCGGCCUCACCAUCUUCGUCAUGCACACGUUCAAGCACGCCCAGCCUGCUUUGCUGUACCUGGUCCCGGUGUGUGUGGGCUUCCCGGUGUUUGUGGCUCUGUUGAAAGGAGAGCUGACGGAGAUGUUCAGGUAUGAAGAAUCUCCCCCCGAAUCAGAGGCGUCAACUAAAGAAGAAAUAAAAACAGAAUCCGAUAAAGACAAAUAAAUCUGAAGGAAAGCAUCACGUCCCAUCCUCCGUCACGUCCCCUCAUUCCCCACCGCUGUAUUUCCAGGUUUUGCCAACAGGGGCCAGCAGAUUCUCUCGCACUCUCGUCCCCUCUUUUCCCAGUGUGUCAUGGUGUUCUCCGCGGAGGUGGACGUGUGGACGUUCUCUAACUGGAUAAAAGACGACUGCCUGUAUUUUUUUUUUCUUCUUUGCAUUUUCUAAAUGGUUGUAAAACGUACAACAGCUUUACUUUGUGCCUGUAUUUUCUCUCUCUCUCUCUCUCAUUUAUCCCAUUUGUAUUUGAAAUUAUUUGACAUUAAUUUUAUUUUAUUGGCUGUUUUGCGUUAGGGCCAGGAUUUUACAGUGAGGGGCAGGAGCACAGAGUUUGUCAGAUUUUUGAGUUUUAAGGAAGCAGUGAAGUCAGAAGUAAAAUGUCCGCCGUGUCUCUCUACCCCGAAUGUUUUCGCUCAGUCGAGACGUGUUCCGUGUCUGACCUGUUACUGAUCAGGUGAUGGAAGUCUGUGUCACCUGAAAUCUUCACUUUAGCGAACAUCAUCCAUCUGCACCAUGUCAUUUCUAACCAGAUCAUGUUUAAAGUCAGAGUUCGCAUUCUUUCUUUUCUUUUUUUUUUUUUAUCUGGGGGGUGGGGUCUAUGGGAGGGGCGGAGCUUGAUGACAUGAUGGCAGCCUCCAUAGUGUUUCAGAUGCAGUGUUGUGCCACACAGCGAAGUUUCGAUCUUGUUUACAUCAGCACGUCUGUGUGGAGAGAGUUUUUUUUGGUGAAGAUGACUUCUACUGAUCAAACUCCAGGCCAGAAACAUCUCCUCUGAUCGAAUACGUUUGAAUUAAACAGAAUUAACAUCUAUAUUUGCAGAAGUGAUAAGUUUGUGUAUUUAUUGAUUGAUUGAUUGAUUGAUGUCUGUAACUGAACACACAUUUUUAUAUUUUAUAAAAUCACCAGCACAGGGACCAACAUCUACGUUUCUGGCCCUUUAAGCAAGAAAACAACAGCUCUUUCUGCUGGUGAUUUAUUUACACAAUACAGUAUGACCUGCAGCAGAAAAAGAGCUGUUUGACCCCGAGCUGUUUGACCCCGAGCGGCCUCUGAUUGUGGCAGAUUUCCUCAGUGACAGUGGACAUGUGAUCACGUGCGUGUCUGUGAAGAUCGGAUCCCCGGAGUUCAGUAACGUGGCGUCGUUUCACACGUGUCCUGUACGUUUCUUCUUUUUCUCCUGAUUGUGCAAGUUAACAGUUAAAGCUUCUUCGAGGAGCAUAAAGUCAUGCUCGUGGUUUUUUUUUUAUUUUUUAUCCGCAAUAAAUUGUGGUUUUUACCGCUAUAGUGAAGCAUG